AUGUCGGCAGAACAAUCACGGGAGGACACUCCUUCGCAGCGAGAGAAAAACCUCUCUAUAAAACUUGAAAAGGCAGAGUUGGCUCUUCAAGCCAAUUCGCAACGGGAAGCCGAACUCCUCACUGAACUUCUUCGAGCCAAGGCGACACUCCUGGAUGAAUCCCAGCAGCGCGAGCAUCGCCUUUCGGCCCAGCUGGAACAAACCUCAGCAGAUCUUGAUGCGUCUCAGAAAAGAGAGCAGCAGACUUUGACUCUUUUUGAAAAGCUCACUUCCGAGUUUGAAGCCUUGAAAAAGAGCGCUGGCGGUCCAUCGUCGGAAAUACUUGAGAAAGAGGCCGCUCUCGUUGCGUCUCGACAGCAGGAAAGACAACUGUCAAUGGAGCUUCAAAGUGUCAAGAAUGAGCUUUCCUCCUGCAAAGACAGCCGAAAGCCUAUCGAGAGAGAACUUGCAGACACAAAGAAGGAUUUAGAACGAUCGCGAAACUCCGCAACAGAGCAAUCAGCUCGCCUCGAUGAGGCCAACAAGAAGAUCCGAGAACUUUCGAAAGAGGCAGAACAGUCCAAACUAAAGAUUUCCGAGAUGAGCAAGGCCAGUGAGCAGGCAGGCCGUAGCUACCAGAGCCUUUGGUCUCGGUACAACAGACUACAGGAAUCGAACAAGAACAACCGUUAUUACCAGCAGUCAACAUACCACUGGCCACCACUCCAAGCACCAUCUCAGAGCUUUCGAUUCGACGACCAGCCACGGAAUGUAAAUCCUAUGUUUAACUUCAACCUCGGAGCGAAUCAGCAAGGGUCGCAAGUCAAUGUGGCACAGAGGUUCGGAACACAGUCACACUCGACGACCACAUUCGGCGCAGUAAGUGCUAUACAGCCAGGAGGCUCACGGUCGUUCAGUCACAACGACAGCUCUCAAUCAAAGUAUUCUUUCAACGGUUUUAGACCUGCCACACUGAAGCUCUCUAAUCCCCCCAAUGGACCCGGAAACCAGAAACGGCAACAAGAUAAUCAGAUCCAGCAAGGCGCAGCCGAUCCCAAGAGACUCAAGAAGGAGACAUGA